CGGUCACAAAGAUCUCAUGCGAUAUAGUCGCGGUAAGUGUUGUCAAGAGGUGGAAAUGACAACUUGGCGAUUUGGAAAAGUUCGAAAACAAUAUUUGAUUGUUAAACAAUUGAUAAUUAAUAAAACAUUAUGGAUAUAGAAACCGAAAAAGUGAUCGAGCUAGUUUUCCCCGAUGGUAUUCCAGACACUUGGAAAGAUAAUCCUGAUUUUUAUCAAUAUUUAACUAAGCUCGGUGGUUUUGACGUUGAUCAGUUAAGCAAAGAACCUGACCAUUUGACAGACGAAAAAAAUGCUGUACUACAGAAUACCCAGGAAUUGGCUUUUUCCAAUUACAAGACAUUCAUACAAACUGCUGAGAGUUCAAGAGAGAUAUUCCAUCAGUUCAACGAGACUGAAAAUCAUUUGGAAAAGUUACUAGAAAAGAUACCUAAAUUCGUAGAAAAAUGUCAAUUUUUUUGUGACACUUCCAAAGACAUCAACACGCAGAGGAGAUUGAACAGUCUAACUUUAUCAAAAAAUGCUGAAAUGCUUGAAAUUUUGGAAAUGCCACAGUUGAUGGAAUCAUGUUUACGGAGUAGCCAAUACAACGAAGCUUUAGAAAUUUCACAGUAUGCUCGACAAUUGGGUGCCAAACAUGGCGAUAUUCCGAUCAUCACGUCUGUUGUUGCUGAAAUAGAGAAUAGCUGGUCUGGAAUGGUAGGUCAAGUGGUUGGUUCGCUCAGAGGUGACUUGCCAUUGCCAAAGUGUCUUCAACUUGUCGGUCUGUUACGCUCUAUGGAAGCCUUCACAGAAUCCGAACUUCGAAUCAAAUUUCUUCAAGCUCGAGACAGUUGGUUGCAAAGUUUAUUGAACGCGAUACCAAAAGAUGAACCCAACGUUCACUUGACGAAAACAAUUGAAUUAUCGAGAAUCCACUUGUUCAACAUUAUCACGCAGUACAGAGCAAUGUUCAGUGAUGAUGAUCAUCUGACUUCAAACCGUGACAGUGUUAUCAAUGAUUCUGCUAUAUUUUAUCAAUGGCUUGAAGAAAAGUUAUCACAAUUUUUGAAUACGUUGGAGCAAGAUUUACCAAGCGUGAAUUCCAUCGAUUCUAUCCUUGGGCAGUGCACGUACUAUGGUCUAUCAUUUGGUCGUGUAGGCGCCGAUUUUACGUGUCGAAUGUCGGACAUUUUUGUCCACGUUAUUGGUAAUAAAAUGCGAAAAAAUAUUGCUCUUGCGACCAAAAAAUUUGAUAAGGAUAUGGAGACUUUUACGCUUAUCAAUAAAUUACAUCGAAUCGAUGUGAAAACUGAUACUCAAAUAAAAUCGGAAAAUCCUCCAGAACAGCUCGUUGAUUUUUACCCUUUAGCUGAAUACUGCAAUGGAUUAAUAUCCACUUUUAACGAAUUAAGAUUGUGUGCUCCGGUCGCACUAUCGGAUAUAAGUACUCGUCUUUUGGAGGAUUCUCUUCUCAGUGUUGCGAAGGCCAUUUUAUUAUUUUAUAAACAAGAACAACAGGCUUUCACGACUGCUGAACGGGAAAACAUGAUCAAAUUUGCAGAGUGUUUCAGCGACCAAUUAAUUCCUUACGUACAAUACUGCGUUCAUGCAAUUUUUCCCCAAGCACAAAUUGCUCUACAUCUCGGAAUCACGAUUGGCCAAUUGCAGAAAGAGGGCAUAACGUAUUUCGAUCGUAAAAAAAUAAUUGAGCCUCUGGUUUCCUUGCUGCCAAUAAAAAACAUCGUGCACGAGUCUUUACCGCCCAUGUCGUCGAUUAAAAUUCCGCCAAACCAAGAGAAAAAAAAUCCAAAAGGUCCAACGACUCCUGAAAAACCUAGCUUCGAGGAACCGAUUGUAACAGAGGAAAAAAAUGUUAUAAAUGUCGAAGGGCUAUCAACGGCUGUCGAAUUGGAGCAGGAAACAGCGUAGCAAUAAAAAACACAAAACUGUACAUAAAAUUUAAAUAAUAUAAAAGUGUAUGAGUGGAUGGCCUUGUUAAAAAGUCCAAUGGUUCCAAAAGAUUUGUUUCUGCUUUUAAUGGUAAAUUGAAGCACGUAAUGAGGAGUUCAAGGAUUUUCGAAAGAAUAAACUUCAAAUUGAGUGAUUCAAAA